GUAAUGAGUAAAGAAAAUAAAUGGGUUGAUAAAUUAGAAGAUAUAGAUUCAAAGUAUCAGAAAAAAUAUGCCAAGUCUCUUUGGCCGCCUACAGAUGUAGGUAAACUUAACCUAGAAAGAUGCAUGCGGAUAUAUCCUCACUUUCAGGAUACUGGUGCCUUUUUCAUUGCGGUGCUUCAAAAGACAGGCCCAAUAACUGACAUUAGUUCUAUAGAUGGUUCAGCGUCGAAUAAGAACGCUUGUGAUACAGAAGAUGCAUCAGUCGCUGAAGCUAAUGAAAAUGACAUUCAAAAUUUUUAUGAAGAAACUGACAUGCCAAAUGAUCCAGACGCAACAAUAGUUGAUGAUCUAUCAAUUAAUGUAGCUGUAGAUAAUUUACAUGUAAUCCCCAUAAAGAGACAUAAUGUUGAUUCUUCCAAACAUGAAUCACAUAAAUGCCCAAAGGUUGAAAAGCUCGAAACAAAAAUAGAACCUGAUGAAGAUGAUAAUCAGAUGGGAUCUAAACAUGAAUCACAUAAAUGCUCAAAGGUUGAAAAUCUCGAAAUAAAAGUAGAACUUGAUGAAGAUGAUAAUCAGAUGGGAUCUAAACAUGAAUCAAAUAAAUGCCCAAAGGUUGAAAAGCUCGAAACAAAAAUAGAACCUGAUGAUGAUGAUAAUCAGAUGGGAUCGCAAAAACAAGCGUGCGAAGAACCUUUUAUUUUUUUGGAUCCAGAUGAUGCGGUUAUCUCUCAGAUCAGAGAAUAUUAUGGAUUAUCCCAUGAAUUUCCAACAGAUCAAUUGCUUGUUCGAUCAGUAAAUGAGAGAAACAAGAUCUUGUAUUUUGUGUCUGAACCUGUUAAACGAGUAUUGCAGGCACCCGAUUGUCAUCGAUUAAGGGUAGUAAACUCUGGAAUAAAAGUGUUUACCCGACAAGAAGCCAAUGAACCAAUAAAAUGCGAAUUUCGUUUUAAUGCUGAGGGUAUAAUAAUGAUAUAUCCUUACAUAUCCAAAAAGAGAGUGGUGAAUUUUAAAUUAGAAGAUCUUAAAAUAUUAUUGUCAGAACCAACCCCGCUUUUAGAUCGAUUUGAUGAAAAAAUUAAAAAAAAGUUGAAGGAAUUAGAUAUGGGGUGUAUAAUUGCCUAUGUUGAUCCAUGUGAAGAACGUGAUGCAAUUAUAUUACCUGUCUGGAGAGCUGCGGUAUCUCUAAAUCUAUUAUAUCGAAAAGAAGAACGAAGGUUUGUUUGUAAAUUCAUGUACGAUAUCUUGUUAGAUGGUAAUAUUGCUAACUAUAAUUCUUCAUAUUUGAUGUUCAGAGUAUUGGAAUUAAGAGUUUCGAAUUUUUACCAAUAA